GCCAGUAGGGAACCGCGCUGAUCAGCUGACCUGCAGCACGACAGUGAAGAUUUGGAUUUUAUUUCUGCACAUGUCCACGAUAGGCUACAAGUUUUUCGUUAUGGAGAUUUACUUGCGCUAUGAUCUGUGUCGAGGUCGUUUUGUGUGAAGGGACCGGUUGGUCAGGUGUGAGAGUUAACGUGGGGAAAACAUGGGGAGUUUCCAUUCAGUGUUGAUCAAGAUUUCUCCUCCAACACAGAUCUUUUAACUUGGGAUUGAAGGUGUAUGGAUAAAGUCGAGAGAAAUCCACUUCCGGGAAAUCUAUACACAAAAGGAAGAACAGGAGUUUUUCUUUGACAGCAGUAAGACUGGUGAAGUGUUUCCAGUGUACUUCUCUCAUAUCUAACCUGAUGGCUGUUGAAUCGUGCAGUUUGGAGAUACAAAAACGCCGAGUGGAGCUGGUGGAGAACUGGAGCAAAUGCUUGAACCCUCUCCUCGAUCACCUCUUCAACAUGGGGGCUGUGACAGAAGAGGACCUCAGUUUUAUAAAAGGCGGUGGGCUUUUAGGUGAACGAGACUGUAUGAGGACACUGCUGGAUGUCCUGCAAGGACGAGGAGAGGAACCGUGUCAAGCUUUUCUGCUCCUGUUGUCCAAUUUUGAAGCUUCUAACUUCAUUAGAACCACAAACCUGAGCGUGAAUGAUCGUGUGAGCGACCAUCUCCAAAGACACAAGGAUAUCUUGGCCAGGCAGCACACACCAGGAAAUUAUCUUGGAUCAAGGUCUGGACUUCCCAAGGCAGACUGGUUCACGGACAUUACAUUUUCUAGGCACACUGGACGCCAAGUGCCAGUUCAUUUCCAGCACGAGACAUCUGUUGUCGGAGACGCCUUUAGGGCCGGGAGGGCCGAGGCAAGAGGACAUGGGGAGACUUGUUCUUUUAAAGACGUCUAUCAGAGCCUGCUCUCUGACUCAGGGGAUGGUGUGGCCUUGCUGUCUGGGGUUGCAGGUAGUGGCAAAACCACAGUGAUUAAACGGUUAGUCCAGGAAUGGGCUGUAGAUGCAGACACGCAAAAGAUCAUCUUGCCUCUGUCUUUUCGUGAACUUAGCCUAAUUACUGAACCCCAGAGCCUCCAGGUUUUGCUGUCUGAUCAUUACAGUUAUCUGAAACCUAUUCUGCCAGAAUUAAUGACCUCAAACCAAGGCCAGCUUCUGCUUAUUCUGGAUGGUCUUGAUGAGUUCUGUUUCCCGUUGGACUUUGAACGCACCCCUAAAUGUUCAGACCCUGAGCGGGAGCUAUCAGUAGGAGCCAUGGUAGUGAAUCUAAUAAAAGGGAACCUCUUGCCAGAUAUCGCUAUUCUCCUCACUUCUCGGCCUCAUGCUGUCGCAAAAGUCCCACAGCUGCUGGUCAACCAGUUCUACAGUGUGUUGGGGUUCUCCCCAGCUCAACAACAGCAGUACUUUGAGCGAAGCUGUAGCUCCAGCCAGAUUGCUGCUACCGUGUGGGGAUUUGUGUCUUCCCACAAACCCCUUCAGCUCAUGUGUCACAUCCCUGCCUUCUGCUGGAUUGUGUCUACUGCAUUGCACAAUGGCGCUUCCUGCCUCUUUUCUGACACCGUACCACAGGGUGGUGAGUCACAAACAAGCGCAAGUGAAGAAGUAGAAGAAGAUCAGUGUCCCACUUCAUCUGAACCUAAUACAGUGAUAAACAAGAGCCAUGCCAAUGGGUCCAGGCCAGUCACGAUCACUGAGAUCUACUGCUGCUUUUUUAAAACCAUACUGCUCUUCCAUGUAGGUGGGUGUGUAGAGGGCAUGCAUCUCAACAGGCUCCAGGAUGCCCCUCGUGUCCUAAAGGAGACAAAAGCAAAGCUUAGAUGUCUGGGAGCUCUGGCCUUCAAAGGCCUGCUGGAGAGGCGAUUUGUUUUCGACUCUUCAGACCUGGCCUCUUUCUCCCUAGACUGCAGUGAGCUCUUGCGUGCCUUCUUAGUUGAAAUCCUUAAAGAGGAUAGAUCUUCUCUAACAUAUGAGAAGAACUUUCAAUUCAUUCAUACCAGCGUGCAAGAGUUCCUAGCUGCACUUUUUUAUGUUCUGGAGUCAUUGUCAGGUUCGGAUCCAUUCACAGGACUUAAGCCAAAGGUGGGCCUGCUUGCUCCAGCAAUGCACACGCACCUAAUGUCUGUUAUUAGUAAAUUACGUCGACCAAAACAUCUCAUGCGUAGACGUAUUAAGAAAGCUCUCCACUGGGGAGAACGCCAUCAGUCUGGACACCUGGAUCUCUUCUGCAGGUUUGUAUCUGGCUUGCUAGUCCCCAAGACCCGCUUCAUCUUGAAUGGCCUUUUCUGUGAUGAGCCACGGUCUUAUUUGGCCUCGUGUGUGCCCUUGCCUUAUGCUUCUCCUCAAUUUGUGCUGCAGUUGCUCCACUCGCAGCUCCACAGCCCCAGUCUGAGUCCUGAGAGGCAGCUGAAUGUGUGCCACUGCCUUUAUGAGGCUCAAGACCCUGGGCUGCCUCAGCGACUACAGGCCUGGCUAAAGUUGCUCUCUCAGGAUGGUAUGGGUCAGUGUACCUUAGCUAGCAAGGACUGGAGUGAGCUAGCUUUCCUGCUGCAGCUGAGUCCGGACCUGCAGACGCUCAGUUUGGAUGCACAGGGCCUCAAUGCAGAAGGACUGCGCAGACUCCUGCCUGUACUUCCCCUCUUCUCCACCCUCAGACUUGCACAGAAUCCUCUUGGUCCAGAGGGGGCAGAAGUGUUGUCUCUUGCUCUGCAGAGCCCUGACUGUCAUAUUGAGAGAUUGUGGGUGGUAUCGACGGGUCUGGGCUGUGAGGGAGUCACGAUCCUAGCAGAGGGGCUUAAAAAGAACCACACGGUGGUUGACCUCAGAAUGGCAAUUAAUAAUAUUGGUGACAUUGGAGCUGCCUCUCUUGCUGAAUUAUUGAAGACUAAUCGUACUCUAAAAGAUAUCAGACUUAGGGACAAUGUAGUGACAGACAAAGGGGCAGAACUCCUGAAGGCAGCCCUUAUGGAGAACACCACCUUAGAGUUCCUCUGGUUGUUUGACAACAAAUUUUCCAAGGAAGGUGUGCGGCAGCUGAAGGAAUUUUCAAAGAACAGACCUACCCUUGACAUUAAGGUCUGCUACUGAUCCUCAGUUAACAAAUAAUCAUAGAUUAAAGACAUGCUAUUGGUAAAAGGUGAUAGUUCAAACUCAGGAUACUCCAAGUUUGCUGUUAUCUAGGAUUGUAUUGUGCAUGUUUUGGUCUGAAUCUGCAUGGACAUGGGUUCUACAAGAUGCUGGAUACAUUGUACAGGGAUGUUGUACCAUGUGGAAGGGAACGUACAUUGGACAGUGUUGCUUUCCACUUCAUGCCAAAACUGCAUGAAAAGGUUGACGUGUGACUGGAACCUGCACUUAAUGUUGCUGGAACCAUUCACUGAUGAUGCAUGGCUUGCAACAUGAUGCAUUAUCUCCCUGAAGAUAUGGAUGAACUGUAGCCAUGAAGAGAUUAACUUGAGCAGUGGUGAAGUUUAUAUACACUGUGCCUUACAGAUGUUCAGUAGGUACUGUGAACUCUAGUAUGUACCAGGAAGAACUCAAUGGAUUUUUGUUUCUUGUGCCAAAUGGAUUUUUGUUUCUUGCUCUUCCAUGAACAAAAUGUGAAACCUGGAUUUGUAUGACCAAGUAAUCUUUUCCACUCAUCAGCAGUCUAGCUUUGACCUAGUGGCAACUGUCAUGCAAUGUUAAAAGUCACUAAGGUCAUUUUAAAGCUUAACUGAACACAAACUGCUGCUAAAGAAAUGCUGGUUGGAAUGUCCAGGGUACAAGAGUGUGAGUUGUACCAUUUUCAGUAUAUGAUAUUGUGUUACACUGUAGUGGAAGUCAGAGAUGGGUACUCAAGUUUGCGACUCGAGUCCGAGUCACACUUAAGUCACAUAAAAAUAGACUUCAUACUUGACUUGGACUCGUCAUUAGUAAGUUGUGAACAAUAAGUCUUUCCAUGAUUAUCUGGACCCGGUUUGUGUGAAAGUUACAGAAAAAUAAUUUUUAGUUGCGCUUGUAUAGUUGCUUUAUUUCAUUUAUUUUAUUUUGGGCUAUAGUGCCAUACAUGGUAACAGAAGGAUUGCAACGUAUAAAGGAUGUGGGAAGAAAAUUUUAAAGACACUGGAUCAACGACAUCGAACUUCGUAAGACACAAGAAAACACACCCAGACAGGUUUGUUUAGUUUACAUUAACGUCAGAGCAGUGUUACUGUUGUUAAGGAGACAUCCCUGUGUUCAUAUCAUCAAAUAUUAGCAAUUACCAUGGCAUAUUCAUGGCAUUAUUAUAGGAGGAGGUUGACCUACCAGCUACAUUUGGUAACACUAGAACCAAACAUUUACAUCUACAUUUACUGUUCAUUUUAGUAAGGCCAACAGGUGUGCACUUAGAAUCCAUUUCAUGAUUUCUUGUGUUGGUAUUAGCAGACAUUUGGGUAACAAAUGCUUGAUAAGUUACAGUCACUGAGCACUUUAUUAGGAACACUUAUUCGUUCAUGACAGUAUCUAAUCCGCCAAUCGUGUGGCAGCAACAAAAUCAUGCAGAUACAAGCCAGAAAUGUUCAUGUCAACCUUUAGAAUGGGGGAAAAUGUGAUCUCAGUGAUUUGGACCGUGGCAUGAGUGUUGGUGCCAGACAGGCUGGUUUGAGUAUUUCUAUAACUGCUGAUCUCCUGGGAUUUUCAUGCACAACAGUCUCUAGGGUUUAAUCAGAAUGCGGUGAAAAACAAAAACAAAAAACAUCAUGUGAGUGACAGUUCUGUUGGUGGAAAUACCUUGUUGAUGAGAGGUCUGAGAAAUAUGGCUAGAUUGGUUCAAGCCAACAGAAAGGAUACAGUAACUCAAAUAAUCACUCUUUAAAAGUGCGGUGAGCAAAAAAGCAUCUCAUAACACACAAAACAACAAACUUUGAGGUGGCUGGGCUACAACUGCAGAAGAUUAGAAAAUAAAUCCCCUGAGCUUUUUCCAGUCUUCAGCUGUCAGGUUUGGGUGAUCCUGUGCUUCAGAUGCCUGUUCUUGGCCAACAGGAGUGGAACCCAAUGUGGUCUUCUGAGUUUCAUUGUUUUAUUGUUCAUUGUUGUUAUUUUUUUUGUUUAGAGACAAAAAGUUUUAAAAGAUGUCAAGAUCAAAUAGGGAUUGUCAUGUGUUUGACAUUAAUGUUCCUUUACGUGUGUAAAAAUGUGUAGUAUCAAAACAAAGAACUUUUUUUUACCACUGUCUCAAGUGGUAUUUUUAAAAUAUAUUUUCAAAAAAUAUUUUCAACCUUUUCUUCUAUGAAAAGAAGUGUUUCUAAAAAAUAUUUCUAAAAAUAUACUUGUACACAACUGUUGAUCUGUUGUGUUUUUUCCCUUUACUGUGAACAAUACUGGUCUUUAUCGUUGCUAUACAGUUAAAGUUCCCAUAUACUCCUCAUGUAGAUUCUGUUAACUUAAGACUUGCCUUACAGACUCGAGACUUGGCUUGGACUUGCAUUUUGUGAACAUCUUUGGUGGAAGUUCACUCGGUCUUACAAAGAAAGUGUGUCAAUAACAAAAAGUAAGAGUUAUUUUAUUGAAUUUCACAAUAGCGAAGUCUUACUCUAGGCCAAGCCUUAAUGAUUCAUAGCUCUUCAUCGAAGUUGGAUCAUUUAAUUUAUUCAUUCAUUCAUCUUCAGGAACCGCUUUAGCUUGGUCAGGGUUGUGGUGGAUCUAGAGCCUGUCCCAGGAACACUGGGCGUGAGGUAGUAAUACACUCUGGAUGGGAUGUCUGUCAUUCAAAUUCUUGUGAAUUUGAAAUCACAUGAUCAUUGAAGUUAUUGUGGCAAUAAUUAAAUUCCAGUGUUGAAACACAGGAUGCAUACACUAACCAGACCUGAACUCUGAAAAGUCAGCCUGCAGAGACGUCUUGUUUGGUCUACCAGAUAACUUCUACUUUCAUAAUUAUGUGUUUUUUACAUUACUGUUACAAAAUAGACAAAUGCACAUGGAUGAUUUUGGUUCAUUGUCCAAGUGUGUGUGAUUGCGUAUAUUGAAUGCAAAAAAAAAGGAAAAGAAAAAAGAAAACUAUAAACACUGCUCUGUCCUGCUGAUAUUGAAGUCAGUUGAAAGGAAUGACUUAUUAGGAAACAUGCUUCUCUUUCCUUCUCCGUUUAAUCAAACAUGUUUGAACAAAAAGAAAGACUUUUUAACAACAAACAGUUCAGAUUUUCAUUUUUAAAGUGUUCACACAUAUUGCAUGAUACAGUAAAACUCUGUAAUGCAAUUAUUUAUUUAUUUAUUUUUGUAUAUUAUUAAAAUGAGCUUAUAUCUCAGCA